GUGAUAGAGCCCGAGGUUUUGGCGGGGCAUGAGCAUGGCGGGCGAGCUUUUAGCAGGAUGAAGGCUUUUGACGAGAAGCCUACAGUGGCAGAGGUCGUCAGCUCUGGUAUCGCGCAGCGCGUCGCCGCGUCCGCCAAUCAUUAUAACCUUCACUCACCUCCCAGGAAGCUCCAGCAGUUACUCGAUCGGUCUACGGUCCAUAUCUUGCCGCGGUGGUUAGGCUUUGCGCGGCCCAGCGUCCGUCGCUCACCGUCGACCUCCGCGCGUCUGAUACCAAGCCAUAGGCAGUGUGCCUUGCCCUCUACGGCCUUAGGGUGUAUAUAAUACAAGGGUGGUUCAUUGUGACAUACGGCUUAGGGAUUUUCCUGCUGAACAACUUCAUCGGAUUUCUUUCCCCCCAGAUCGAUCCUGAUGGUGACGGGCCCUUGUUACCAACUUCGACAGGCGACAACUUCAAGCCAUUUAGUCGACGCGUACCAGAAUUUAAGUUCUGGUACACCUCGAUAAAGGGCGUGUGCACGGCCUUUUUUAUGACCUUCUUUUCGAUAUUUGAUGUGCCCGUCUUUUGGCACAGCGCCGUGUCUCUCACAAAGUCGCCAGUAACACCCCCAACAGAGUGAACACUUACCACAGGCCCAUCCUUUUGGUCUACUUCUUCGCUCUCUUUUUCUUGACAAUGAAGCGCCAGAUCAAGCACAUGAUCAAGCAUGAGUAUGUGCCCUGGUCCUGGGGGAAGAAGUCGUAUGCGCCGGGCAGACAGGUUCACAAGAUCCGGAAAUGAUCACGCGGGCAUAGAACGCGGGCAUAGCAAGGUAAUGGUCACCCCGACGCCGGAAAUUCCCCUUGAUGCCCUAUAUAUAUAUGAAUAAUAAUAAAUACUAGUCGCACACUGGCAUCUACCUGAGAC